UCAAACAACUAAACCUAAACAUUGUUUUUGAGGUUUCUCAAUAUAUAAACUAAUUGUCUAUACUAUAAGGUCCUCUGGGCAGUGAAUAAUACCUUCUAUUUCCAGCUUUUUAGCCCACGGGUAGGGGAGAAGUUUUGGAGAAGACAGGUUGAACUUUAACUCUUAUCCAAAUGCAAUAAACCUGUACCAGCGAUUCAAAUGAGGCAAAGCCGCGUACAAUGGAGAAAGCACUUUGCAAACCGGGAGGCAAAUUACAUGAACUCUGAUAUAUAAUGAAAAGUACCUUCUCUGUCAAGCUCCCCCCCCCCCCCCGCCCCCUCAGUUCAUGCUAGGUAGAUUUCAUCAGGAUCCCUCCGCCUUUGCUACUGUGACAGGAUCCCAUUGUUAAUGUGACACACCCACCAUGUACGAAGAUAGGAACCAUUUUCAUCUGGUUGUAGCAAGUGUCCAGAGUUAUGCUUGAAUGUAACCAAACCUAGAAGACAGGUAAGCUACAAUACCAGCUUGGACAAAAAGUAAUCGUCCCAAGUUCUGAGGAGCCGCAGGAACCUCAUUCUAAUCCGCUUUCUUUAUAAUUGGUGGCAAGAUAUCUAUCUCCAGCUACGUCGCUUGAAAUCGUUCCCGGAAAGCGGCAGAAUAUCAAUUCACCACCACCCCGGCCGCGCGCACACAGCCUUCCCAUUUGCACAUUCCCGCGAUCCCGCCGUCCUUAACGAGGUCGCGGGCGGGAACAACAGGCCUCAGCAGCCGCCCCGAAUUCGGGCUCCAGGCGCCAGACCACAGCGCCCCAAACACCUUGUCAAAAAGACAUCUGCAGAGAUGCAGAGCUGUGGCUUUCCACCGAGACGACGAUGCAAAAACAGCUUCAAAGAAAUAAAAAAGUGAAACAAGUGGAGAAUCCCACUCCAAGGGAAUCUCACCGAAGGCCCCCUUUCAUUUCAGCGGGUGCGGAAGCGGAAGUGCUGGUGGGGUCAUAGAGUUUUCUAGUUCCGGUUUUGGGGCCGCCUUGGGGACUAGAGUGCCUCUCCGCCGCCGUCCCCAAGCACCGGCGGCUUCUAUUUCCGGGUGCGCCUUCUGUCAUAAAGCUGAGACCUCCCUUCAAACGUGGCGUCGUGGGUCCUUCGCGCCUCGCCUGGGGUCAGCGCGCAAGGACGGGCGCGGGCGGGGGUAUUUGACAGCCAACAGGUGGAGCCAGUCGUCGCGUACGGGCCACCUCUGCUCCCUCAGAGCCUGCUGGCUUUUGAGCCCUGACGACUGGGGAGUCCCUGAUUCGCAGCCUCCAGGACUGCAGCUCGAGAAGACAGCGCUGCUUCGCCCAUACCUGUCUCUCAGUCACGUUCUGCCCUGUAAGGUGCAGCAUUUGACAAGUCACCCCUUCCCCACACACCACGUCCACCCACAUCUGCGUUAACUUCGUUCUUAACCUCCUUGAGACCCCUCCCUCCUGCCUCCAGAAGCGGUCUUCUUCUCCUGUUCCCAUAAAAAUUGGGAGGAGUUUCGGGUAUCCUGCAGAAAGGUGACUUCUCAGCCAGAACCCAUUUGAUACCCAAAACAAGUUCAUGCUUACUCGCGAGUGUGUGGGCAAAGUGAAACCCAGUGCACACAGGAAACUAUGGCUGAGCACGGGGCUCACAUCACAACUGCUUCUGUGGUGGAUGACCAGCCAUCCAUCUUUGAGGUGGUAGCACAGGACAGUUUAAUGACAGCAGUGAGACCGGCUCUUCAACAUGUGGUCAAGGUUCUUGCAGAAUCAAAUCCUGCCCACUAUGGCUUCUUUUGGAGGUGGUUUGAUGAAAUCUUUACCCUGCUGGAUCUUCUGCUCCAGCAGCAUUAUCUGUCUAAAACCAGUGCCUCAUUUUCUGAAAACUUUUAUGGCUUGAAGCGGAUUGUAAUGGGGGACACACACAAGCUUCAGAGACUGGCCAGUGCUGGUCUCCCAAAGCAGCAGCUUUGGAAGUCAAUUAUGUUCCUGGUUCUUCUUCCCUAUCUGAAAGUGAAGCUGGAGAAGCUGGUUUCUAGCCUGAGAGAAGAGGACGAAUACUCUAUCCAUCCCCCUUCUUCCCGCUGGAAACAAUUUUACAGAGCCUUCCUGGCAGCCUACCCAUUUGUUAACAUGGCCUGGGAAGGCUGGUUUCUUGUACAACAACUUCGGUACAUCCUAGGCAAGGCUCAGCAUCACUCACCGCUUUUAAGUCUGGCUGGAGUUCGGCUAGGUCGGCUUACAGUUCAGGAUAUACAAGCUCUGGAGCAGAAAUCAACGGAAGCCACCAUGAUGCAGCAACCCGCCAAGAGUGUUAGUGAGAAGAUAAAGUCAACUCUGAAAAAAGCUGUAGGAGGUGUUGCCUUAUCCCUAUCUACUGGCCUUUCUGUGGGUGUGUUCUUCCUGCAGUUCCUUGAGUGGUGGUACUCAUCUGAAAAUCAAGAAAACAUCAAAUCACUGACUGCCCUGCCUACUCCGCCACCACCUGUACACCUAGACUACAAUUCUGAUUCUCCUCUGUUACCCAAAAUGAAGACUGUGUGCCCGCUGUGUCGUAAAACCCGAGUGAAUGAUACCGUUCUUGCCACCUCUGGCUAUGUGUUUUGUUAUCGCUGUGUGUUUAAUUAUGUGAGGAGUCACCAAGCUUGUCCCAUCACAGGUUAUCCAACAGAAGUGCAACAUCUAAUUAAAUUGUACUCCCCUGAGAACUGAAAGGGAAUAGCAUCUUACCUCGAAACAAAAUCACUGCACUAUAAGGCCACAGGGCUGGUUUUUAGCAUGGUACAUAGGUUUGAUACUUCUCAGCCUUGAUUCAUAAUUAUGUGAAUUUUAAACAACUAUAUAUUUCUGUAAAAGGAUGUACCCAUUGAUCUUAACCAUCUAGCCUGCUCUCUAGACCCCUAUUUAAUAGUUGACCUAGCUGGUUAGAGUGAGAGGAAUAGGGAUUGGCAGGGAACGUGAGGGUCAGUGUCACAGAAGUGGAUAAAAGGAUAACUAGUACAGAAGCUUUUCCUUAAAGAACAAAGGGGUGUGGAAGCUCUCCGGAAAAACCCAAGUUAGACCUCAGAAAGUGGGUGGUGAAGGGGAAGUAGACCUUUUCUUCAUGAGGAAAGUUUAUCUGCCUGUGAGGAAGAGGUUUUAUGUUUGCAAACAAUGUGAAAAGUGGGCUUCCUCUUUAUAGAAACACUUUCGAAUAACAACUUCCAUAUACUGUGACCCAUUUGUUACGUAAUAUCUGCUGUAGUUUAUCAACUUUUAAAGAUUCCUUUGAGCCAUACGUGUCUUUCUUGGGAAACUAAAGGAAAAUAGGGAUUGAGUGUCUAUAUAUAGUCUAAAGAUUUCACUGUGUAAAGAAAAGCUCUUUUAAUCAGCUCUUUCUGCUUGCUGUUAAGAGUUUGCUAAACUGGCAUGAUUUAUUCUAUUACUAAAGUUUCUAUGAAACAAAUUUUAAAAAUAAAUGUUUUUGGCAAAGAA